CCUCAGUCUGACAGCGGAAGUGAGUCAUGCAGACAAUCACGAUUUCGGACCUCAUACGCGGAGUGGGCGUACAAAACUCAACUUUGAGAGAAAAACACAUUUGAAUACUACAUUUGGGUAAAAAUUUGUUACCCACACUAAAAAUAACGUUAUAUUGUCAAUAAGAUCGGUGUCAACAAACAAAAACGAGACGACAACAAAAGAACAUCGCCAUCAAACGAUAAAGAAAAUCAUUACGGACUAUGGAUAAUCUAACUCGUGCUAACAGUGUUUUCGCCCUGGAUCUCUAUCGGGCUUUGAGCUCGUGCAGUGCCGAUGGAAACAUGUUCUUCUCUCCACUAAGCAUCAGUGCUGCUCUCAGUAUGGUUCACUUAGGAUCCCGAGGAGACACAGCCAAAGAAAUAGAGAAGGUUUUGUCCUUCACUUCUGUCCCUGAUGUUCACUCCCAUUUCGAGUCCCUCACCUCAGCUAUCAAUAAUCCAUCAGCUUCAUACAUACUUAGAUUGGCCAACCGCAUUUAUGGAGAGAAAACCUUCAGCUUCCUACCUGAGUAUUUGGACUCCACCCUGAAGCUGUACCAUGCGGAACUUCAACCAAUGGACUUCAUUGGAGCAUCUGAGCAGUCUAGACAGAUCAUUAACAAAUGGGUGGAGGAGCAGACAGAGAAUAAAAUCAAAGAUCUUCUCAAGCCUGGUAUGGUAACAGGAAUGACCCGACUGGCUUUGGUUAAUGCCAUCUACUUUAAAGGGAACUGGUUGCACAAAUUUAAUCCCCAAAAGACUACAGAAAUGCCAUUUAAAAUAAAUAAGAAUCUGCGCAAGCCUGUAGAAAUGAUGUACCAGGAGAAAGAGUUUCCCUUUAGAGACAUACCUGAAGAAAAUCUGCAUGUUCUGGAGCUACCAUAUGUGCAAAGUGAACUCAGUAUGUUGGUGCUUCUUCCUGAGGAAAGUCAGGAUGGCUCAGACCCUCUUCUGAAGCUGGAGAGCGAGUUGACCAUUGACAAGCUGCUUGAUUGGACCAAAAGAGACAAAAUGAUAAGUUGGAUGGAUAUCACUGUCGGUUUGCCAAAGUUCAAGCUGGAGAUUGAGAGCUCCCUGGAAGAAAUACUGGCAGGGAUGGGUAUGAGCUCUGUGUUUCAGGGGGCGAAGGCUGAUCUAACAGGCAUGAGCAGUCAGGGUGGCCUGUUUCUUUCUUCUGUGACCCACAAGGCCUUUGUUGAAGUCAAUGAGGAAGGCACUGAAGCAGCAGCCGCAACUGUAGGAAUAAUGCUUUGCUGUCUUGUUGAACCAAAAAGUUUUAUAGCAGAUCACCCUUUCCUGUUCUUCAUCAGACAUAACCCCACUAAUAGCAUUCUCUUCCUUGGCAGAUUCAGAGGCCCAUCUUAGAUAUGGGAUUCGUUUAUGAUAUAGACAUAUUAUGGAUAACUCACUUAUAUUGCUUAUGCAAGCUUUUUCAAAGUAUGCCUUACCAAAGUCCUAUCAGCCUUACUAAGUAUGAGCAAGGAAUCACGCUAAUGCCUUUAACCACAUACUUGCGUCAUUCAUACUUAAUUUGAUGGUAAAUGUUAUUUUCCAUUAAAAAUUGUCACUUGGCAAUGCAUUUUGUAUGUACAUUAACUCAUGUACAUGUGAAUUAUCUUUAGGUUGGUCAUACCAAUAAACCACUUGUAAUGCAAUUAUUUGCUUUACCUUUGGGAUGUAUAUGCUCUAUUUAAUUAUUUUAAAGUCCCUAGACAGUUUUUAUUACACUUUUAUCAAUUGUCAAAAUGCCUUAAACUCAUUGUCAUCUGAGACUUAACAAUAACCUCUUACAGGCAUAUAUGCAUAUCUCACAGUACUUUGAUGUCAUAUGCCGAUCAAUCACAGCGCCACAAAAAAACACGCCUUCUGUCAUUUUAUCAUACAAUAGGCUAUCCAUUCAAAUUUGUUAAUGGGUUUCAUUUGUAAUGUAUUUAUGUAAAAAUAAAGUGACCCAAUAAAUAAACAGUUGUCUGUC